UAUAUAAAGAGACCCUCUGAGCCAGACAAGGCAGUUUUACGCACAGACAGUUUGGCGCAGAGGGACGGACUGAGGAGCAGCUCUGUGGGUCCACUCCUCAUUCUUCCUCCUUUUCAUCGCUCUAUAUUUGCAGCUGCACCGCUGUUAAUCAUCCUCAGGGUUUUCGUCCCUUCUUUCUUUCUUUUUUAUUUGUUGGUGUUGUUGUUGUUGUUGUUGUUGUUGUUGUUUUCUGCAACAUGGGCUCAGUGCUACCCGCAGACGCUUUGGCUCUCAAAUCGGGAUUUAAAUGUCCGAGCCGCUCGCUGUCGGACGUGAUCACCUCGGACAUCCUGCACAGCUUCCUGUACGGCAGGUGGAGGAACGUUCUGGGCGAACACCUGGCGGAGGAGCGGCAGAGCGGCGGCAGCAGCGGCAGCCCCAAGACCGCCUUCACCGCCGAGGUGCUGGCUCAGUCCUUCGCUGGAGAGGUGCAGAAGCUGUCCAGCCUGGUGCUGCCCAGCGAAGUGAUCAUCGCCCAAAGCUCGAUCCCCGGAGAAGGUCUGGGCAUCUUCUCGAAGACCUGGAUCAAAGCGGGAACCGAGAUGGGCCCUUUCACGGGGAGAGUCCUGUCCCCUGAACACGUGGACUUGCUCAAGAACAACAACCUCAUGUGGGAGGUGUUCAAUGAAGAUGGCACGGUGCGUUAUUUCAUCGAUGCCAGUCAGGAGGAUCAGCGCAGCUGGAUGACCUACAUAAAGUGCGCCCGGAAUGAGCAGGAGCAAAAUCUGGAGGUGGUCCAGAUCGGCAGCAGCAUCUUCUACAAGGCAGUGGAGACCAUCCCACCAGACCAGGAGCUGCUUGUCUGGUACGGAAACACCCACAACACAUUCCUGGGAAUCCCUGGAGUUCCUGGAAUAGAUGAGGAGCACCAGAAGAAAAGCAGGAAUGAUGACUCCCACUCAUGUGACGGCACUUCCUCGUGCUCCCCCUCCUCCUCCUCCUCCUCCUCCUCCUCCACCUCCUCCACCACCACCGCCGGCCGCAUGCGCUGCGUCAUCUGCCACCGCGGCUUCAACUCUCGCAGCAACCUGCGCUCCCACAUGCGCAUCCACACCUUGGACAAGCCCUUUGUGUGCCGCUUCUGCAACCGCCGCUUCAGCCAGUCGUCCACGCUGCGCAACCACGUCCGCCUGCACACCGGCGAGCGGCCCUACAAGUGCCACGUCUGUCAGAGCGCCUACUCGCAGCUGGCGGGCCUCAGGGCGCACCAGAAGAGCGCACGGCACAAGCCGGUGGCGCCCGGCGCUGACGUAGGCUCACAGGUGUCCCCUCCUCCCCCACAGAUGACGACCAUGCCUCACCAGCACCAGAUGCCAAUGGUUCACCACAUCCCCACCAUGGUGCUAUGAUGACAGAAACACUGGAGGGACAGUCAGGCAGAACAACGAUGCACUUUAGGUUAGAGCUGUAGUGGAGAAGUACAGGGGACUCCUGAUCAGACAAGGGAACAAAUGAGUUGAUGUGACAGUAAAGCAUCUCACACAGAACAUUUAAACUGUUUGCCUUAUUUGUAUUGAUUGUUUCUUUGGCUAUCACGUGACAAAACCCCAGCAGAAGGAUGUUUUAAUGUUUGUAUUUCGGAAGCUGAAAUAUACUGAAAAAACACCUCUGUCCAGAUUUUACUAAUAAUUCGUAAUCAGUGCUUCUCUGUGUGAUCUCAAGAACUCAACACGUGUCAAAUGUCACGGCAAACCAGAGACAAUACAGAUAUGUACUACGUUUUACACCAUUGCAUCACAUCCUCACCAGCUCAGGUGAAAAGAACCUUUGGUCAGAGAUUUGUAGAGUCAGUAGAAACUAUGAGGGACGUGGCUACCAGUGUACAUCGUUGCAGCUGCAUUGUUCCACACUGUAAACUGAGAAAUGUCACUUUAACCUUGUACAGACUGUAUUCUUUUGAGAACUGUGUAAUUGUAAAAUUGUAUUGUAUGCUAAUGUACAUGUUGAAUGUAAAUACAUUUGUGCUCUCUUCUAUUCUAAUUAAAUGAAAUGAUAUGAUAUUACAA